GUCUAACGACAAUAAAUUAAGAAUUAGAAGACGUUUUCUGUCUUCGAUUACUUUUAAAGAAUUUAACUAACUAAUUUAACUAACACCUAUCCUUGUGUUAGUGUUGCCUGGUAGGGCAGAGGGCUGGCCUACAAUCCUAAUUCCCACCGAAUCUCCGCGCUUCCGCACGGAGACUGAACACCCAAUAGGUGGAGAUCGCCCGGAAACCCCAUCUUUUUCCGGUACUGCUCUUCGUAAAAGGCGGGACUUCCGGCUUCACUUUUCCGGAGCCAGCCCCUUCCUCUUGGUGCGGGAGGUUCAAACUGUUGCCUGGCUUUGUUGUUUUGCUUGUUUUGUUUUGGUUCUCCGGUCGCCGAUGCUCCCCCAGAGGAUUGGACUGGUGUUUCAAUCGAAACACUUCUUGCGUCCAUGUUUUUCCGUAGAUAUGAUUCUUUUUCUUCAUCAAGAAAUAUCUCUCGGUAGUUAAUACAUUACUGAGGGAACCGUGGAGAAGCAGUCGCCACCAGCACAGUUCCUGCCACUUGAGCAGAAUAGAGAUCGGUCAGAGGCCGUGGUUACCCUCCUUUCGAGGUGGAAAACAACUUGGCAGCCCGCAACGGCCAGCCGUGAAUCCCAGGGAUACAAUUCAGUUCAUCAGGCCUGUAUAGCAAGCAUCUUCAUGCGCUGAACCACCAUGCCUGCCCAAAUUGCUAUGUUUUUCUUACCAAGUAAUAUUGGUUUAUCUGCAAUGAGAUGCCGAGCAUAUCAGAUACAAAAUUAAACUUGAGGAACAGUAAACCACAAAACGUUUGUGAUUUUGUGAACUGCCUGCGCCUUCCAGCUUAUGUUUUGACUGUGUUUGAGUAAAGACCUAGAAGUUACUCAAGGCAAUUUGUUAAGGAAGUUUAUUUUAGAUUCCAGAGAUAAGAGGAUCCACAGUUGCCUGUGUGUGUUGCCCUGUGUUCUUAGAAAAUACAUGUGUUUAGCUUGACGGAAACUCCUGGGCCUUAAGGAAGCUGCCUGUGCUGCUAUGUCCCCAUUUCCUGCAGUCCGUGCUGUGACUUGGGGUACACCCAGGCGUGGGAAUGGCAGCUGAGGUGCGAAUGGUACUCUAUGAGGAUGAUUCGGUCCAAGUGAACUACGCUGAUGGUUCCACACUGCAGCUCUCUCCUUGUGGCUCUGAAUUUCUCUUUGAAAAGGCACCUCCUCCCUCAACACAUCCUUUAGAACAACCGGAGAGAAUUCGCCAACGAACACACUUUGUUAUUAGCAAUUAUCGAGAGCAACUACAGCGAGCCCUCGAUUUUCGAAACUCUUCAGCUACGUGCCCUUUUUUAUCUGAAAGCAUCAUACCUUCUGAAAGGAAAAAGCAUAUCUUCAUUGAUUUCUCGGAAGUAGAAUGGCCCAGCUUUGACAGAGAUGACUGCACCACGUCCUCAGAGAGUGGCGUAGUAAAGAUAUCAUCCGUGGAUGGACGCGCAUACCUUUGCCUGCCCAGAUCUCAGCAUGAAUUUACAGUCCAUUUUUUGUGUAAAGUGAGCCAGAGGCCAGAUUUAUCUGGAAUACUACCCGAAACAAAGAAUCACGUCCCAAAAGAUAAACUAGUUGGAAAGACCAGCAGAGUCUACAGGUGUGGAAGUUUAUCAGGACAAAGAUUGAGGAAUAAAGAAAACGAACCUCAUUACCAGAUCUUGAAAUCUAAAAAUGUUUCGACAAACAUAGGUCUUGUGAAUGAAACUGAGGAGGGGGAGGAGCUGCCUUCCCCGGGCACAAAGCACCGAUGUGUACACGCGUGGGUAAAGCAGGCUUGGUCUGUUGCCUCCUGUCCAGAGCAGUGGAGGUACCCUCUGUCUUUAGCACUUCGAUUUUAUAACAAAGUUCCUGUUGCAUCUAAAGUUGACGCAGACUUUCCUGUGAGUAGCACUGUGACUUCUGACAAUCCUGAAGAAAGAGGACAAGAGGUUUCUGUCCUUCCCAGGGCCCUGUCACUCAGCUGCCCUGCCCCGCACACGCACAGGUGGAACUUCUGUGACUCACUUUUACAGAGACAGUCUGAUGCAGAAGAGUAUUCCUAUCCUGAGCUUGUGAAGGUGGUGUGGCACAGGGGUGUUACAUACAGGCUUACCCAUAAAAAUGUAAACUCAAUAGAGAUUUUUCCUGGAGAUGGAUCAGUUUUAAAGUCAGAAGGGGCUCAUUUUGGUAACUAUUUUACUUAUUAUCCAAGUCAAGAAGACUCAGAAAAGAGAGAAGAGAAAACUUAUUCCGUAAAUAACCUUCCUCCAGACAGACCAGGAAAUCUCUUCUCUGUACGGUCUCUGAUUAAACAGGCUACCAGAAUUCUUCAACAUUGUGCCAAGAUAAGACUUUCACUAAGCCACAACUACCGUGUAUGCUGCUGGGAAACGGCACCUGGAGUAAACGUUAGCAAUAUCCUGCCUGUGCUUCUGAAGGAAUCGCUCAUCCCAAGCGUGGGGAGAUUCCUUGCCUACUCUGAUGACAAAGUUCAUGCUGUCUUUUUGGAUGGUGUCACACUAACACUGAAUUGGGAUCUCAGCUCCCUUGCUGGAAAGAGACAACAAGGGGAUCAAGGUCUCAGCUUAGGUUGGUGCAGAUUAACUUUUCCAGACGGAGAGGAUCAAUUACUUCAAACUGAGCAUCCUGGAGUGUAUGAGAGAUAUGUGGCAUCAGUAAUAUCGUGGUGCAGAAGACUAACGCAAACUCGUCCAAGACAGGGGUCCACACAUGUCUCACCUGCUCUCAAAGAAAACUGGUCUGUUGCUUCUGAGCUUGAGAAAAUACAGAAAUUUAACUGGCUGCUGGAAAACAGUGGUGUCCUUGACCCGACGUCUAGCAAGAAGAGUGAACAGUGUUCUUCUGAUCACUAUAAAUCAGGAUCUUCAGAAACCUUGCUAGAAGCAACUAAUGAAGAGAGUGUAUCAGUAGCAUUGAAAAGAACUUCUGAAAUCCUUCAAGAUAUUGACUAUCUUCUGUCACUCUCUAGAAAGUGAAAAAUGGAAGUAUUACAAAGUCUUAAGGAUGUUUCAAAUUACUAAUAUGGAAUUGCUACAAACCGAAGAAAUUGCAAAUGUUACUUGUACAGAACUGAUUUCACUUUGAUUAUAUCUUGCUCAGAUUGUAAAUUUUAGUGUUUCUGUGUCUAUAUAUUUUUAAAAUAAAGAACAGUUUUGAAAUUU